AUCCCUCCCUCCCACUGCAGCUCUGGCUAGGUUCGGCCCCGACUUCCUGCCCCGAGUUGGGGAGCGGAGUGCGGGCUAGGGUCCCCGGGGCCGCGACUGCAGCUGGCCGCGUCCUGGACGGCGGAGGGGCUGGCAGGGCCGGUAGCCUGCGCUCCUGGCGACGGCGACUUUCAAACUCGCGCCCGCGUUGCGGCGGCACUGUGAGCGCUGUGAGCGUCCGGAGCCGAGACGGCGACCGCUCGAAUUUCCCUGGGGCGCCCCCUCCAGGCAGCGAUGCCAGGAUGCCUGUCUCUACCUCCCUCCAUCAAGAUGGCAGCCAGGAGCGGCCUGUGAGUCUGACCUCUACCAGCUCCUCGUCAGACUCGUCCCGUGACAGCCACGGUACCAUGGAGGAGCCCAACGGCUCAGAGGCCAUAGCCGAGAAUGGGGCAGGCUCCCUGCGUGGCCGGCAUGGCCCCAACAGCAACAACAACUCCAGUGGCUGGCUGGGCAUGAAGGGGCCCCGCUCUCCAUUUAACAACCUGGCAGCGACAGGGCCUGCGCACCUGAAGCUCAGCUACCUGGGCCGAGUGGUGCGAGAGAUCGUGGAGACAGAGCGCAUGUACGUGCAGGACCUGCGCAGCAUCGUGGAGGACUACCUCUUGAAGAUCAUCGACACCCCUGGGCUGCUGAAGCCAGAACAAGUCAGCGCCCUCUUUGGGAACAUAGAAAGCAUCUACGCGCUGAACAGCCAGCUCCUCAGAGACCUGGACAGCUGCAAUAGUGACCCUGUGGCUGUGGCCAGCUGCUUUGUGGAAAGGAGCCAAGAGUUUGAUAUCUACACCCAGUAUUGCAACAACUAUCCCAACUCUGUGGCCGCCCUGACGGAAUGCAUGCAGGACAAGCAGCAGGCCAAGUUCCUCCGGGACCGGCAGGAGCUGCUGCAGCACUCGCUGCCCUUGGGCUCCUACCUGCUGAAGCCAGUCCAGCGCAUCCUCAAGUACCACCUGCUGCUCCAGGAAAUUGCCAAACAUUUUGAUGAAGAAGAGGACGGCUUCGAGGUGGUGGAGGAUGCCAUCGACACCAUGACUUGCGUGGCCUGGUACAUCAACGACAUGAAGCGGAGGCACGAGCACGCGGUCCGGCUCCAGGAGGUCCAGUCACUGCUCAUCAACUGGAAGGGGCCAGACCUGACCACCUACGGGGAGCUCGUCCUUGAGGGCACGUUCCGCGUGCACCGCGUGCGCAACGAGAGGACCUUCUUCCUUUUUGACAAAACACUGCUCAUCACCAAGAGGCGGGGCGACCACUUUGUCUACAAGGAUCACAUCCCGUGCUCCUCCCUGAUGCUGAUUGAAAGCACCAGAGACUCCCUGUGCUUCACCGUCACCCACUACAAGCACAGCAAGCAGCAGUACAGCAUCCAGGCCAAGACGGUGGAGGAGAAACGGAGCUGGACUCACCACAUCAAGAGGCUCAUCUUGGAGAACCACCAUGCCACCAUUCCCCAGAAGGCCAAGGAAGCCAUCCUGGAAAUGGAUGCCUAUUAUCCCAAUCGGUACCGCUGCAGUCCAGAGCGGCUGAAGAAGGCUUGGUCUUCCCAGGACGAGGUGUCUACCCACGUGCGCCAGGGGCGCCGGCAGUCUGAGCCGACCCGACACCUGCUCAGGCAACUCAGCGAGAAAGCAGCCAGAGCAGCAGGAAUGAAGGGGAAGGGACGCAGGGACUCUGAAGGCCCCAAGAGCUGUAGAAGGCCCAGUAGCCGGUCUCCAAGCAGUUCUGAGAAGCGCAUGAGCUUUGAGUCUAUCUCUUCCCUGCCAGAGGUUGAGCCAGACCCCGAGCCUGGGACGGAGCAGGAUGUAUUUGCUGCCAUGGAAGGUCCCAGCACUGAGGAGAUGCCUUCAGACCCAGAGUCUCCAGUAGUCCAGGAAACACAGCUUGACACCCACCAGGGGCUGCUGAUGGACCACCCAGGUGACAUGGUGGAUUUCGUAGUGGCCGAGAGCACCGAGGACCUUAAGGCCCUGAGCAGUGAGGAGGAGGAAGAAAUGGGGACUGCCCAGGAGCCUGAGAGCCUUCUGCCACCCUCCGUGCUAGACCAGGCCAGUGUCAUUGCUGAGCGGUUUGUUAGCAGCUUCUCGCGGCGGAGCAGCCUGGCACUGGAGGAUGGCAAGUCCAGUGGCUUUGGGACCCCGCGGCUGAUCAGCCGGAGCAGCAGUGUGCUCAGCCUUGAGGGCAGUGAGAAGGGCCCCGCCCGGCGUGGCAGCAUCACAGACUCCCUCAGCCCUCAGCCGCCCCCAGAAGUGGAUACUAGCGUGGGGGUGGCCACAGAGAGUGGCCCUUCUGUCAAUGGGACAGAGCCCCCAAGCCCAGGCCCAGGCUGUCUGGUGGAACCUGACAGGUCUUCCUGUAAAAAGAAGGAAUCGGUGCUCUCUACGCGAGACCGACUGUUGCUGGACAAAAUCAAGAGCUACUACGAGAAUGCGGAACACCAUGACGCAGGCUUCAGCGUCCGGCGGCGGGAGAGCCUCUCCUACAUCCCCAAAGGGCUGGUGAGAAACUCUGUCUCCAGGUUCAACAGCCUUCCCAGGCCAGACCCAGAGCCGAUGGCACCAGUGGGACCCAAGAGACAGGUGGGCUCCCGGCCAUCUUCAUGGGCCCUGUUUGACCUCCCAGGACCAAGCCAGGCAGACUCGGGGGACCCAGCUCCUAUCACAGAUGCUGAGUUCCGUCCGUCCUCGGAAAUUGUGAAGCUCUGGGAGGGAAUGGAGUUAUCUGGGAGGAGCCCUCAGAAGGGGCCAGGCCAGGGCCAGGCCAAUGGCUUUGACCUGCAUGAGCCCCUCUUCAUCCUGGAGGAGCACGAGCUGGGGGCCAUCACAGAGGAAUCGGCCACCGCCUCCCCAGAAAGUGCCUCCCCAACUGAGAGGCCCAGCCCAGCCCACCUGGCCCGGGAGCUGAAGGAGCUGGUGAAGGAGCUGAGCAGUGGUGCCCAGGGGGAGCUGGUCACCCCACUGCACCCCCGCAUCGUGCAGCUGUCCCAUGUGAUGGACAGCCACGUGAGUGAGCGUGUCAAGAACAAGGUCUACCAGCUGGCCCGUCAGUACAGCCUCCGGAUCAAGAGCAACAAGCCAGUGAUGGCUCGGCCACCUCUGCACUGGGAAAAGGCUUCCCCGGAGAGGGACAGAAAGAGCCCUACCAUUCCUUGCCUACAGGGGAAGGCAGGCGAGCCAUCAGGUGGCAAAGGUAAGAGAAAGCCGGUGCUGUCCCUCCUCAACUACGAGCAGCUGGUGAUCCGGGACCAUAGCCCCCCCAAGCCCUCUUCUGCUGGGGCGACCUCGCCACGGCGUUUCUCCUUCAGCCCUUCUGCUGCCAGCCCAAGGACCACAUCUCCUGGGGCCCGGCCCUCUUCCCGCAGCCCCCUCAGCGCUUUCGACACUGAGACUUUCCACUGGCCUGAUGUCCGCGAGCUCUGCUCCAAGUACGCUUCCCAGGAUGAGGCACUCCAAGCCCAGGGCUGUCGACCUCGCGGCCUGCCUGUCAACCGCAGCCGCUCGGUGCCCGACAACAUGGUGCAGCCCCCUCUGGCAGGCAGGGUGGGUCGCUGCUGCAGCCUGAACACAAAGACGGGACAGGGCAGGGGAGAGGCCGCUCAGCCCCAGCCUCCUGGGCCACUACCCCAGAGUGGGCCGGAAGGGGGCAGCGAGGCCCUGUAUGUCACCGCAGACCUCACCCUGGAGAACAACCGGCGGGUGAUUGUCAUGGAGAAGGAGCCCCUUCCCAGCCAUGUUGUGAGGCUGGAGGAGGAGGGCAGUGGGCAGGGACCAAGCUCCCCGGUUACUGAGGUGGGCCAGGGCCAGGAUUUCCAGGAAUCUGCAGAGCAUCCACCAAAGGAAGAGGGCUCCAGGGACUCAGCGGACCUGAGCCAGCAGGGCAGAGUGAGAAACCUGCGAGAGAAGUUCCAGGCCUUGAACUCCAUAGGUUGACUGACUCCUGGGAGAGAGGGAAGCCAUGUGGGUCGUGGGGAGGAACUUGGCUUACUCUCCCAAACCUGGGCUCAUAGGAACUUCUGCCCAGGGCCCUCAGAAAGGCUAUCCCUCUUAGUUUGGGAGAAUGAAUGCCUGCCUUGCAGCCGGGCUUACCUGCUGCCUGUGCUGUGCUCUGGCGCCUCCCCCUGAGGCGUGUGACACUUUCCAUAGACCUGGAUGAGUCUCAUCCCUCUGAGGCUGGUAUGGCCACUGCCCCUGUAAAUAGUUCUUCUCUGGUAAGAAGCCAAAUAUUUAAACUCACUUCCUAGGCAGGGGCAGUUUGGCUCAGGCCUCCCGUAUGGGCUGCCUACUGCCUGACGGAGGAGCCCACCCCGGAGACCCAGGAAGUGACUUGGGGAGAGGCUUUGCUCUUUAACUGUGCCUUUUCUUAGGAUCCAGCAGGAACAAGGCCAAUAAUUUAUUGCUUUCCAUUCUGUGAUGUGUGAGUGUGUGUGUGUGUGUCUGUGUGUGUGUCCUCCUGUUUAUCCCCCUCCUGUGAAGAAUGUGAUGGACUCGGUUCAGGUACUUGAGGGCUGUCUGGCUGACCCUGUGGUUGUCGCUAAUGUACACACAUUUCAUUAUUUGCCAAUGGUGCAAUAACCACUGCUGACCAACCGA